CUUUUGCAGCAGUAAGAGAUGCGAAAGAUUUUUCAACGGAAACUAAAUGUCAUCUAAGUCUAAACGGACCCAAGCACCGAAUCCUCCCGAUCUGUCAUCGUCAGAGUCGAAGACUGGAAACUCGAAUGGUAAGAAGGUGACCAAACCAACCGGGAACUCCUUGAAAGAACGAGAAAAGAGGAAAAAACAAGUAUUCAAACCGGUGCUUGAUAAUCCGUUUACUCAAAUACAAUGGCCAUUUAUCGAACCUGAAUUGGGAUCUCAUGUUGUUGAGUCACUUGAGGUGUUACUAACACCAGUUGGACAAUAUCAUAAGAAUAUAACCGCAAAAGGUGCACCAAUGCCCAAGUUUUUGGAUGGGUUUACAUUUGGAUUCAAUCCUACCACCGAAGCAUUGGAACGUCAAGCCAAUACAAAGCACCCCGAUGCAGACAAACAAAUACGAUACGUAUUUGUUUGCAGGUAUGAUAUCAUCCCCAGCAUAUUGACUCAGCACUUUCCAGUGUUGACCUAUACGGCUCUUCGAAAUUCCCAUCAUACGAUAAAACUUAUUCAGCUUCCCAAAGGGGCCAUUGAUAGACUUUCACAGGCAUCAGGGAUAAAUGACCUUUCAAUAUUGUCAGUUACAGGCAACGCUCCUGGAGUUGAAGGGUUUUUUGACUUGUAUAAUAGUGUCCCAGAGGUGCAAAUUCCCUUUUUGGAGCCGAUUUUGAAGAAAAGGGGUAAUUUCAAGUCUCCAUUGAUCAAACUCAUUUCCACAUCGGCACCUGUUGGCAGCUCCUCGAAAAAGAAGCCUCAAAAAUAAUUAAAUUUAUUAGACUCUACUUAAAGAUUUUAAUUAAUGUGUUACGACUA